AUGUUGUGUAGGAUGAAGCUCCUGCUGGCCUUGCUGGCCCCAAUAGGUGCUCUGAAGAUGGAGCUGACCGACACCAACUUCAAGAAGUCUUUGGAGGGCAAGAAUGCCUUCGUGUUCUUCCAGGCGCCUUGGUGUGGUCACUGCCGGAAGCUGCAGCCGGAGUGGGACCAGAUGGCGAAGCUUUUCGCCGACACGCCGAACGUUAUCAUUGGACAGGUCGAUUGCACUGGAAGCGGCCAAGGAUUCUGUGGGGAGAAUGGCGUGCAGGGCUACCCGACUCUGAAGCUCUGGAAGGACGGCCGGAUGCAGGACUACAAUGGGGGCCGGGACUUCAACUCUCUGAAGCGCGAGGUGGAGCGCAAGCUUGACCCCCGCCCAGCCUGCAGCCUUGAGUCCAAGGAUGCAUGCAAGCCGGAGGACAGAGUGAUCUUGGAAGAGAGCGAGAAGAUGUCCAAGGCUGAAAGGGCUGCAAAGAUAAAGGAAGUACAGCAAGAGAUCCAGGAUGCCAAAACUCAGGCAGCGGAAUUGGAAAAGAAGGCCAAGAAGCUGGCAGAGUCUCUGGACCUCAUCAAGGCAGGUGGCCAAGCCGUGGAGAAGGUCGAACAGCUUCUGGAUGAUGCCGAUUGGCGCGCGCAAUGUGAGGGCCGGACGUGCAUCGUUGCUUUUCUGCCGCACAUCUACGACGACGGUGCUGCAGGGCGCCGGGAGAAGAUCCAGGUCCUGGACCAGGUGAUGAGGGAAACCAAAAAGGACGGGAAGUCGGUAGGCUUUCUGUGGAGCCAAGGUGGUGAUCAAUUUGAGAUGGAGGAGGUCUUAGGCCUGCAGUUCGGCUUUCCGGCUGUCAUCGCGGUUAAUUUUGGCAAGGGUCGCUUUGGUGUCCACAGAGGCACCUUUGACAAGGACUCCAUCUCCCAGUUUCUUACUUCGCUCUCCCGUGGCGGUACUCCGUUGGCGCCUUGGCCAGCCAGCGCUAAAGCCGGCAAGGCUGAGGCUUGGGAUGGCAAGGAUGCCGUGCCGCCUUCGGAAGAUCUCUGA